ACGCGAGAUCUUCAGGCUAGAGAGAGAUUCAUCGAGAGGAACCGUAACACCGGCGAGCAAGAACCCGAUUCUGCCUUUGCGGAUCCGCUGGACAAAGCGAAAGGCUUUCAUGCUCUUGAGACUGCACAGAAACAUCACAGGUGAAUGAUACGUUCAUCUGCUGCCGUCAAAUGGCUUCAGAACGGCUUCACACAGGCUGUGAAUAAGAGACUGGAUGACGUCACCUCUGCCGCUGCUUUCUUUCAGUCCGUAAAUGUUUUAUCGUUUUGGUUCAGUGUAAAUGACCGGCUACUCUAUUAAUUAUACAGUGUUGGGUGAAAGUCAACUACCGUGGGUCCUACUGUAUUAGACUGAGCACUAUACCUCACCCAAUAAGCUUGCUGUAGGUAUGACAUUAACAAGGGGCUCCUUCACUUAUUCCAGUGGAGAAGAAUAUACCGGAGAAUGGAAGGAAGGUCGGCGGCACGGUAAAGGCGAGCUGAAGUUUGCUGAUGGCACCUGUUAUAAAGGUCAUUUUGAGAAUGGCCUGUUUCAUGGAUCAGGGGUGUUAAUCUUUCCCGAUGGAUCCAGGUACGAGGGUGAAUUCGCCCAGGGAAAAUUCCAAGGGGUCGGAAUCUUCAGCAGGUUUGACGGGAUGAAAUUUGAAGGAGAAUUCAAAAGUGGCCGUGUAGAAGGAUAUGGGCUGCUGACAUUUCCAGAUGGUUCCCAUGGUGCUCCGCGAAAUGAGGGAGUGUUUGAGAACAACAAGCUUCAGAAACGUGAAAAGUGUCAGGCUGUGGUGCAGAGAGCCAAGAACUCAGCAUCCACUGCCCGCGGCCUCUCUGUAUGACAGACUGACCUCAGUGAGAGCACCCCUAACUGUGGCUUUCAGAUCAGGCAGGGUCACAAGUUAAGAAGUCAAAGCAGACUGUGGAUCUGCGUUCAGGGGUGAUCUCUGCCGUCGCCAAACAACGGAGCUCAAAAAUAUGUGAGACCCAUCAGACCCUCAGGGAUGGAGCAAAGUGUUUCGAUUCCACACGCCUCUGUUUCUCUCACACUGUUGCUCUGCCUUGGUUUCCUCUGUGGCUUAAAACAUCACAAAAUUCUGUAUGUUUGUUAUGGAGGCAUGGAUAAACUCAAGUCACCAUCGGAGGCAUUGCAGGUACAGAGGCCUGUCACGUGAAGAUUUUCUUGGUAAAUAUAUGAAAUUUGCCUUUGUGAGUCUGCGAUUGUAUCACUUGUGUUUGACUGUAUUGUUACUAUUGUAACUGUCUGUUUGUUUGAAUCAACAUAUUCUUUAUUGCACAUUUGCCUUAGUUAUUGCAUUAAAAGUCAAUAUUGCUGGAUUAAAAUCUUUUUACUGAUAUACAA